CCGCUUGCUUGUCGCGAACACAAGGAGCUCCCCUUUCGUACGCUUGUCGCAACUGCUCGACGGCACUCAAGUCUUGUGCGAACUCCCACUACAAAACUAACGUGUUCGACAAUUGUUUCCAAAUCACCGUCAUCGAUUAUCUUGUCUCCCUCUUCAAUCUUUGUCACCAUGUUUCACGAAAAUCUGAACGAUUCCACCCAUUUGUUGCUCGAUGAGGCCGACAUCACCAGCAUGAUGAACGAGGAACCGUCGCUUUCGUCCGAUCUCCCGAACCCUCUUCCACCACCGAGAUUGCUCCUUCCGGAACACAACCUUGCUCCUCUGGCAGCGAGCGGAACCGUAACCCCGACAAGCCUAGAUACGGCUCCAAGGGCAGCGACGGGUCCCAUUACUCGAGUUCCUAGUUCGAUCAAGACCUCCAAGAAGGAGCGUGAAAACACGGGACGAUGGCUGGACGAGGAGCAUCAAGUCUUCCUGGAAGGUCUAGCAAAACACGGGAAACAAUGGAAGCUCAUUGCAACCAUGAUUGGGUCGCGGACGGUGGUGCAGGUUCGUACUCAUGCGCAGAAGUACUUUCAGAAGAUGGACCGAUCGUCACACAAGGAGGAUUCUACGGCACGUCCUAGUGGAACCGGUACCGCUGAAAACGUCUCCAACUCGGUAACGACGAAGCGCAAAUCCUUACCGACAAACUUGCCGUCCCGCAAAAAGGGUAAGACACGAAAGUCUGCCGCCUUGGUACAGCGUAAUACUUCAGUUUCGAUGUCGAACCUUCCGAUGAGCGCGCCGCUGGAACUUGCCAGUAUCGUGAGCCAUUCAUCGGUAUCCUCGGUCGACAACUUGAGCACAAUCUCGCCGGUGGGAAUUGCCGACUUGGACAUGCAAGGUAUGGACACCACCUGGGCUAAGGACUCCAACAGCCUGUAUCUUGGUGCUUUCGACGAGGACGAAAUCGUAGAGGAUCCUUUGGAAUGGCUAUUGGGGGGUGUGGGCAUGCAGCAUUUGCCCGAGUCUUCUUUGGUUCCCAUGUUUCCGGAAUUUGGGGAAGACCUCUCGUCGGGAUUGCACCUACAGCAAAAGCUGGUCCCUGGCUCCAGCGAUCACCAUUACGCAGUUAUUGAACACCACCCGCACGAUGGACUCGACAUGGGCGAUCCCAAGAUAACGGUUCAAUCUCUCUUUCUCGAGUCUGAAUCUUAGACAAUACAUACUUGUCUUUAGGGAGCGAGCGAUGCCUACAUUGCACACAACUCUUGUGUAUUUUGUAUUUUUGCUUUUUCACUAUAUCAACAACAACGAACUCGAUGAUCAUCUCUACACGACCUAUGCAAUCAAUACUACCACCAAAACGGCAAUGUACCUUAAAAGAAUAGGUGAUUUGUUGUACAAGGGGAA